GACACGCCGGUGUUGUUAGUCGUUUGUACUUAACAUUUGGUGUUUAGGAUAAACAAACUAAUUAGUUUUAAAUCUUUCUAUUAGAAAAUUGUGCAAAAUUCCUGGAAGAAGAACAGCUAAGUAGCAGUGAUUGCUGCGUAUUUAUUUAACAAGAGUUUUUAUAAUCAAAGGCAGGCUACUCAAUUUUAAAAUUUUUGAAAUUAAAUUAUUGAAAUUAAUUUUUUUGUAUAAAGCCUGAUUUACAGAUCAUUGGAGUCACUUUUUUUUAUUUAUGUCACUAUAUCAAUUCAAUUGUACACAGUUUGCAUUAAAGUAAUGAGUCAUAUUGAUAAAUAUUUUGCCUAUUUUAUCUGUAUAAGUACAUAACAAAACAAUAAUAACAGUACAAUAACUUAUUUUUUUAAUUGAUAUGCAGUUAAAUUAAAACCUAGUUUUGCAGACUCAUAUGGAUUUAAUUAUACUAAUAAUGUAUGAAUAAUUAUUGUUUACAAAUCUUAAAUAAUUUGAUGUUUCAAUUGAUUAUCAUAUGUGUAUAUUGUUUGCAGGAUUAAUCUUUGCUGUAUAACAUAGCAGUCAUGCAGAUUUUCGAAAAGUAGAUAAAGCACAUACAAUGUUUAAAAUUGAAUCUUAUAUUACUCCAAUAUUGCUGAGUUAUGUUGAUAAAUAUGUACGAGAUUUUAAACCUGCAGAUGCACAAGUCUCAUUAUGGGGAGGUGGAGUAGCCCUUCACAAUCUAGUCCUGAAGGCAGAUGUUCUGCAGCAAGAAGUUGCUUUGCCCUUCACUCUUGUGUCAGGCCGCAUUCAUGAGUUGCUAAUCCAGGUGCCAUGGACCAAAAUUAUGUCGGAGCCUAUUAUUGUCACCAUAGACACAAUAGAAUGUAUCCUAAGUCUCCAUCCACCACCUGAAGAAAGUCCACCACCUGAAUCACCAAGGACUCAAGUGGUGGAGGCGCCGCCGGGGUACAUGCGCGCAUUGGUACGGAGAGUGGUGAGCAACAUUGCUCUGCGCGUGCACCAUCUCAUCGUGAAGUAUGUGCAGGAUGAUAUUGUGUUGUCAUUGAAUGUCAAGCACUUAGCAGUCGAUAGUGCUGGUCCGGACUGGCAACCUGCCUUCGCUGAUAUAGAACAAAGUGAUCCGGUACUGCGGCGGCUCGUGCGACUGGACGACCUCACUCUGUGCUUGGACCGCGCCGAUGCCGACGGCAAGAUCCGCUUCUAUCAGGAACCACUUCUCUACCGCUGCCAACUCGACUUCAGGUGCUUUUCAUUUACUAGUUUUCCAUUCUGUAUUUUUUUUUAAAUAGUACAAUGAUGACAAACGAGCACACAGUCUACCUGGAUAGUAAGGAUAAUAAGGAUUCUGUGGUUCAUAGACAUCUACAUUUAUCCUCAAUUUUGUAUAAAAAUGCAGAUGCGUUGUCACAUUGAGGACUAAGAUGGAAUGCCUUUGUUUCGCUUCGGUUCAUACGAAUCACAGCAGUAUUAAGUUACUAUUUAACGCUGGUAUUCUGUGAGAGCAGGUCUUACCUGGUCGAGCCGACCAAUUCGUGGCACAAUCAUAAUAUAUCUGCAGUGUGGCUCUACCACAAUGAGAGUUAAAAUUGUUCACCUUUGGGGCUUUCUCGGAAGAGGUGGUAACUGAUAUUCAAAUCUUUGUCAAUUAUAUUUUUUAUUAAUUACUACAAUGUGUAUAUUUACCUGAUUUUGUGAUGCUUUGUGUUUUAAAAUAAAAUAUUUCGAAAUCGUUCUAGCAUUGCUUCGCAUUUUCUGUGUGAUAAUUAAAACUGUUCAUAAUAAAAUUAAACAUAUUAAUGUGAUGUCAACUUGUAUUUCGGUGACCUUAUUGUGUCGAAAAUUUGACUUUUAAAGUUGCUUGCGUUUAAUUAAUUAAUAACUGGUUGGUGACCAAAAAUUUUUUUUAUAGGACGUCGUGACAAACGAGCACACAGUCCACCUGAUGGUAAGUGGUUGCUGUGGCCUAUAGACAUCUACAUCUAUCCUCGUUUGCGAAUCAAAUAGCAGAUGCAUUGUCAGCCGUGAGGACUAAGAUGGAAUGCCUCUUUUCCAGUAAAAAGGUUCUCCGGUUCUCUACACUCACCAUACGAAACACAGCAGUGUGAAACUGCUGUGUUUCGUAUGGUGAGUGGUCGUAUGGUAAAUAUACUUUGUAGCUUCUAUUUACACUUAUUUAUAUUGUUAUGCUUAUAAAAAUGCGAUGCGAAUUAUGCAUAUUAAUAUACCUAUUCACCACAUAGCUAGCUAGUAGAAUGUGUUUUAAAAGCAACAAAUAAUGAUCACACAUUUUCAUUUAUAAAUUUAAACUUUAAAGUCAAAUAUUUUUAAAGGCGAAUCUCUAUUGAAAAGAUAAAAUUAUGGCGUAAUGUGUUGGCGGUAUAAGAAUGUACCCAUUUCUUCACGUGGGUGUCGUGAGAAGCGGCAAUGGGAAAUGACGGAAAAAUGUUAUGGCUUCCCAUAGAUGAUCAUAUAACCAUGUCUUUAUGUAAGUUGUCAAAUAGUUUGGAAAAUCCAAAAGUGAUCCAAAUCCUCAUGAGCGUUUCAUUUAAUCUUGAUU